AUGCCGCUAUCGUCCCUCGCCUCAUCGCUGCGCAGCAUCCUCUUUGCACCGCCACCGCCGCACCAGCAUCCUCCCUCGGCCUCGUCGUUGUCGUCGCCGGCAUCGAGCACCACCCUCCCCAUUCCACCCGCAGCACUCGCAUCCCUCACCUUGCGCUCCAGGCACGCGCUCGAACGCCUCUACGCCUACCGCGCACCCCACAACUCGGAAUCCUGCCCGCACGCCAUCCCCGCAUUUCGCAGGGCCGCCGUCCUCCUCGGCCUCUUUGCCGGCCGCAACGGCGAGCUCUACGUCAUCCUCAGCAAGCGCAGCUCCCGCCUUCGCAGCCACUCUGGCGACACCGCCCUGCCUGGAGGCAGGUUCGAGCAUACCGACAAGGACCUAGAGUACACUGCGCGGAGAGAGGCCUUUGAAGAGACUGGCCUGCCCAUCGACCCGUCUUCGUCCAUCCUCUUGUGCGAGCUGCCUCCCUUCCUCUCGGCAAACGAGCUGGUCGUCACGCCCUUUGUCGUCCUGCUGACAGAUCACAGCGUGCAGCCUCACCUGAAUCCGAGCGAAGUCGACUCGCUCUUCUCGCUGCCCCUCGUUUCCUUCCUCUACCACACGCCGCCCCUAUCACUGCGUCCCUCGCUCCGCCUCUCGCCGACACCGACCGAAGCCGCGCUGAGCGAGAUGCCGGCCAACGAGGUCUCGGCGCCGAGCGACUGGCACACGUGUCGAGACAUUCUCUGGCUCGGCGGCCAUCGGAUACGCAGGCACACCUUCUGGGACGAGCGGAACCCGAUCCGAGGAUUGACGAGCGACAUUCUCAUCCUCGCCGCCUCGAUAGCGUAUGCCUCCGAACCGCAGUUCUCAAACGUCGCCCCGGCCCAACCGACACAGGCGGACCUGAUUCGGCUCUCGUUCACCGGCCCCUUAGCGCUGAGGCGGUACCGCGUCAAGCCACGCAUGCAGUUCCUCCGUCCCCCCGACUCGUUUUCCUUUACCGGAACCACGACCGCAAAAGAGACGGGCGCGGCCGAACAAGACGCGAAAGGAGAGGCGGCGGCGGCAUCGGCAUCGGCAUCGGCAUCGUCGCGCGGAGAAGAACUGCAACAGCCGCUCGACGAUCGUGGCGACUUCAAGAUUGCCCCGCCCCUCGACAAGCAGCGCGCGAGCGGAGCCAAGGACCAGGACAAGGACAAGGACGAGGACAAGGCCAAGGCCAAGUUGUAG